UUUAGACCAUACAAUGUUGAAAAGCUAAAGCUAAAGUAGACAAACACUACACAAAGACUUUUUGUAAUCUCCGCCAAAAUGACCGGAGUAAUAAUGGUGCCGCCGGAGACAAGACCGCACAUGAUGGUGUUUCCUUUCCCAGCACAAGGCCACUUACUUCCUUUACUAGACUUAACUCACCAACUCUGUCUUCGUGGAGUCAACGUCUCCGUCAUCAUCACUCCCCAAAACCUCCAGUACCUUUCUCCUCUCCUCUCCGCUCAUCCCUCCUCCGUAACCUCCGUCGUCUUCCCUUUCCCUCCCCACCCUUCUCUCCCUCCCGGCGUCGAAAACGUUAAAGACCUCGGAAACUCCGGCAGCCUCCCAAUCAUGUCCUCUCUUCGCCAGCUUCGCGACCCUAUCACCCUCUGGUUCCGUUCUCACCAAUCUCCCCCCGUUGCGCUCGUCUCCGACUUCUUCCUUGGAUGGACACACGAUCUCUGCCACCAGAUCGGUAUCCCUCGCUUCGCCUUCUUCUCCUCCGGCCCUUUCUUGGCUUCCGUUCUCCAGUUCUGUUUCGACAAUAUCAAAUCAAGAACGAAGGAUCCGGUUUGUUUCUCGGAUCUUCCUGGGGCUCCGGUGUUCAAGGAGGAGCAUCUCCCGUCGGUGUUUCGACGCUCGCUUCAGUCACCGUCGCGGGAUCUUGAAACGGUCAAAGCUGAAAGCUCCAUGAAUUUUUUGAGCUACGGUUGCGUUUUCAACACGGCAGAGUGUUUGGAAGCCGAGUAUGUGGAGUAUGUGAAACAGAGAGUUGGUCACGACCGGGUUUUUGGAGUUGGCCCGCUUUGUUUACUCGGGUUGGACCAGGUUGGGACGGUUAGAUCCAGUUCUUGCCCGUUGCUGAGUUGGCUUGACGGGUGUCCGGAACGGUCAGUGCUGUACAUAUGUUUCGGAAGUCAAAAGGCGUUGACCAAGGAGCAGUGUGAUGCUCUGGCGCUUGGGCUAGAGAAAAGCUUGACCCGGUUCGUAUGGGUGGUUAAGAAAGAUCCGGUACCCGAAGGUUUCGAGGAGCGGGUGGCUGGUCGGGGAGUGGUUUUUAGAGGGUGGGCUCCGCAGCUUGAGGUGUUGCGACACGUGGCGGUUGGAGGGUUUUUGAGCCACUGUGGAUGGAACUCUGUGCUUGAAGGGCUAUCGAGUGGAACCAUGAUAUUGGGGUGGCCAAUGGAGGCUGACCAGUUUGUGAACGCGAGGCUGCUUGUGGAGGAUUUGGAUGUGGCGGUUCGGGUUUGUGAAGGGGACGGAACAGUGCCUGACCCGGAUGAACUUGGCCGGGUUAUAGGUGAAACAAUGGGUGAGAGUGGACGUGAGGUUGGAGCUAGAGCGGAGGAGAUGCGCAGGAAGCUAGUAGGAUCAGUGACAGAAGGCAGCUCUUUUGCUGAUUUAGAAAGACUGGUCAGAGAAGUUGCUCUUAUUUAAGAUUCGGUGCAGAGAGAAAAUAAAUAAAUUUUCAUUGUCAAGAAGCAAAUGAUCAAAUAUUCAAAAGAAGAAAAAGAAGAAAAAGAAGCAAAUGAUCAUUUACCCAAGAAAAGAAGAAUAGUUUGUCUAUUCAUAUAUGUUCCAUUAUAUUUCGGUCGGAUCAUAGUUUUUGUUACAUAUUUUUGCAGA